AUGCGCUUUGUACUUUUCGGAUUGGCUGGAGCUUUGAGCUUCUCUAGCGUUGCUGCUUCUGACUUCCUCGGAACAGAGGGCAAUACAGGAAGGUCACAGGCGCUUUCUUCGAUUCAUAGCUCUUACGGGGCCUCCGCAGCGAAACACGUAUUUCACGCACGUCAAGCAGAAGGACGGUGCGGAGCAGAGUUUGGUGGAGCAAGAUGUACCAACAAUCAAUGCUGUAGUGCAUACGGGUACUGCGGUACUGCAUUUGAGCAUUGCGCAGCGAUUGUCGGAUGUCAGCCAGAAUAUGGAAGAUGUGGAGAUGCUCCGCCUGAGACGACGACAUCCUCGACGUCCACAUCAACAUCAACAUCUACGUCAUCAUCAGGGACAACGUCGACUACAUCUUCUACAACAUCCACCCAGCCACCUGCCCCAACUGGUACUUUGAUUGUGUCGCCGAACGGCCAGUGCGGCAAUUCAACCACUUGCGCUGGCUCCGGAUUUGGCAGUUGCUGCUCGGAGUUUUACUUUUGCGGUAACUCUAUGGACUAUUGCGGGACUGGUUGUCGUCCAGGUUUCGGUUCAUGCGGCGACGCACCUCCGAUUUCUUCAACGACCACCAGCUCCUCAUCGACAACCAUCACUUCGUCUUCGUCUUCCAGCACUACUGCCCCACCUACAACUACUUCCAGUACCACUUCGACGACGUCGACGACGACGACGACAAGCUCUACACAGCAGCCAGUACCGACAAAUGUCAGUACCGACGGACAGUGUGGUACGAAUGGAAAAACCUGUUCUGGGAGUACGUACGGACGGUGUUGCUCGAGUUAUGGGUGGUGUGGUAGCCAGACAGACUAUUGUAGGGUGAGCUGGGGAUGUCAGGCGCAGUGGGGUGAGUGUGGAGAAUUAUAGAUUAUGGGUCGCAUGUAAGAUCUCUUGACACUAUGAUAAUGGAUGUAUGAAAUGCUCGGGGAGUUUCUUGAUGAAAUAGAGUUUGCGAUACAAAAUCUUGUAGAGCAUUUUCACUUACUCGCUCUCCGUUCCAUGAAUCUGAUCAAGGGCGUCCUCAAAUGGAAAUCAAGUGUCACAAUUAUCAGUGCCUUCAUGACGCAGUAGGUUACUCAUUCAAGGUGUGUGUAAAGAAGGAGCUCAAACAAGCCCACUGACUUUUCGUAAUAUAAUGUGGAAUGAACGAGCUCCUCCUGACGCCACUUCCCUACAUACUACCUUCACUCAUUGAGAACUGUUACCCCAGGAGUCGGAGGUGAACUACAUGCUGGCAAGCUUACCGAAAAGGAUAUAAUUCGUGGCAUAUUGACCUCCGUCUGAAAUCAGUGUCAUCGAGCAAAAUUAAGAAGCUUUGAGUCUAGAUUACGCAAUCGACACGUUGCCCCGGGAUGACAGGAUGACCAGCCUAGAUCGGAGUGAUCUGUGCUGCACCAUCACCAAAUAGCCAUUCGCUCUAGUACAACCACCUAUCUACAAUGCCCCGAAAACAUAUUACACUAGUUCGUGGCGCCAGUUAGUCUCUUGCCACUUCGCCAGCAUCUUAAUUACCCCGCUAGCUCGAUGCUUCUUUCAACCCGUUUUCUUCUCAAGCUGUAUAAUUUCUUUUUGUGUUUUGAACAAAGGCCAACCAUCGAUACCUCAGCAGGCCAUCAACCCGUUUUGCAACAAUGGUACCCACUCAAUCUCUCGGGCGAUCGAUGCAAGGAAAGUAAAUGCGUUAUUCGCAAGCCACAUGCACUGAUCGCGAUGAGAUCUUCG